AUGUCUUCUGGAGAAAACAGAACCAAGAUCGAGUUGCCCAAGUUGGACUGGGCCUAUGAUGCCUUAGAACCCCACAUUUCGGGUAAGAUCAACGAGAUUCACCACAAGAAGCACCACCAGACUUACGUCAAUGGUUAUAAUGCGGCAAUUGAAUCUUUGUUUGCAGCUGAGGCAAAAGGUGAUGUUAAGGCUGCCAUUGCGAUUCAGCAAAACAUCAAGUUCCAUGGUGGUGGUCAUACUAACCAUGUCUUGUUCUGGAAAACUUUGGCCCCACCAUCUCAAGGGGGAGGAAAGAUUCCAUCUCCCGAUUCUCCUUUGGGUAAGCAGAUCAAAGAACAGUACGGUUCGGUUGAAAAUUUGAUUUCGAUCACCAAUGCUAAGCUUGCUGGUAUCCAAGGUUCAGGCUGGGCCUUCCUCGCAAAGAACACUCAGAAUGGAAACACUUUGGAUGUUGUCACUACCUUCAACCAAGACACCCUCUUGGAUCCCUUGGUCCCAUUGCUUGCUAUUGAUGCCUGGGAACAUGCCUACUACUUACAAUACCAGAAUGUCAAAGCUGACUAUUUCAAGGCCAUCUGGAAUGUCAUUAACUGGGCAGAGGCCGAAAGAAGAUUCCAAGAAGCGUAA